AUGGUAGUGGCUAUCACCGGUGUAAGAGUAAGGAAACUACGAGAAAAUUUACAUAUACAUCACAUUUUAUGAGCUUACAUGUAAGUUUCAGAUCUUUGAUCAGUUGUCUUGUAAAUAAAAAUCAAGUUCAAAGUUUGCAAGCCGAGAAUCGUUACCUAAAAUCUUACCUAUUCCAAGAACCAUUAUUUACUUUAUCAAGAAAAUCCUACCUCACUCUCCAGCUGUUUAUUCUCGAGAUUUGCAACAGGCAUGGCAAUGCCUUCAUCGAAGUUCAACUCGCUCACAAUGUCUUCCAUUUUGAAUGCGAAAAAGCCUUCAAGAUAUCACGAAUGAAUCUGUAACAAAACACUACACUAUCCUAUAUGCCCGUUAAUAUUUCCGUAGAGGACUAAAAUUAUGUUUUUGUUAGUUCUGCAAGUCUUCCCACAAUCUUCUUCAGAGGAAAAUUUAUGAGCUCUGCUCCAUCAAAGUUGUUGUGGAAACGGUGAAAACAASCRGCGCCAGCGAUGUAAAGAACCACUUUCAGCGGAUGCACUAAAUUGCAGGUCCCGGAUGUUAGAUCCCAGUGUCUCGUUGAGCGGAAGCCUGACGACACGUGAAGGAACUUUCAGGCGAAAAGCCAACCGAAAUAUCUUGGGAAAAUGAGAAGGAAAAGAAAGGAAAGAAAGCCUCCAGCUAAAUCAAAUCAGGGCCAGGGAAAACCAGCGGACCGGAGCAAUAAACGUAUUGUCUUUGUUGAUGAAAGUGCCAUUGAGGUUCAAGUAAAAACGGAUAAAUCAAAUGGCGAAGAAGAAACUAUUGUAAAGGACGACAAUGAGAAAGUUAUUGCUGUGAUAGAUAAGAGCCCGGGUCAGUGUAAACCCAGCGAGGGGAGCACUACAGGGGCUAAUGAUGAGGACGAAGAUAUCCCAGAGGACAUUUCUUGGAAGUCUAGCAAAGAAACUGCAAUUCGAGAACGGACGCUUGAGAAAGAGAUCGUUCUUGAUGCUAAACGAAAAGAAAAACAAUCUAGAAUAGAAAGAAAUGAACGAUUACUGGAGCAGAAGGAAAGGAAACGAGCGAGAGAAUACUCUAGACUACCAAUGGAUGUUCUCCAGCAAGUUGCUAAGCGACAAAAGUCUCAGACAAAUGAAGACUUGGUACCACAAUCAGUUGAUCAGGAUACUGGAAAUCACAUGACCUUUGACAGUUCAAGUGAGGGUGAAAAAGAUGAUCAAGAAGAAGAGGUCCCAAAAGUAAAUGAAGAAAUACCAGAAAUUAAAGUUCUUGUGUUACCGCAGGAAGUGAAGAAGCCAAAGAGAAUUCAACAAUCUGCAAGUUUGUUUUUGAAAGAACAGUUAUUUGGGGGUAGAAUUCAGCGAAUUUCACCAUCAAUGGACUCUGAUCACACUAGGAAAUAUAAAACAAUAGCUCCUGCCCUUAAAUUUUCCAAAAAGUUGCGAUAGUUUAAUGAUCUCAAAAGUGUUAAAAGUAAUAGGUUAAAGCUACUCCAAAACUGUAUGUUUUAUGAAAGAUUAUGUUGUAUAAUAAUAUUAUUGUCGCUAAAUCACAGGGAUUGCAUUAAUUUGCAAAAGAUUUUUAUAGAAUAACUGAGGACAAAACGUGAACCAAUUUUUGAUAGAGUUUGUGCAGGGAGCAAACUGUAUUAUGUUCAUGCUCCAUUUCAGUAGAGGAAGAAAAUGAAAUACAUUUGUUUACAUAUAAGUUAUGUGUGUAUCCAGCUUUAAUUU